AUGGCGGUCCCGGAUCCCAACGUUGGAGGCGAUCAUCAUGGAGAUGAAGAUUUGGUCAAUGCUCCCCAGAGCUAUCCCCCUGGCACUUCCUCUCCUGAAGAGAUACCUCUAGACCAUCCGGCCUGGAGCGUCAAGCCAGUGAAAGUUCCAACCCUUGCUGGUACCAUGACCACCCUUCUUACCUCCUUCGGCUUUACAGUCAUUCCACCCACCCAGCCAUCAUCAUCACGUCGACCUCGCAAUCUUGCCACUGUUGCGGAUCCAGAGGAACAACUUGCUUCUCUGCAGGGUUCCCGUCUCUCCCUGUUGAAUUCUGCGCUCGGGGUCCCAGAGCAUCCUGCAGAAGAUGGCCCACAACCAGAUGUGGCCCCCCUCGAUGAGGUGCAAGCCAGUGCCGCUGAGGCAAGCAACGGCGAGGCCAGCAAGACUAAGAGCAAGUCUAAAAAGAAGAAGGCAGGGAAGAAGAAGGAGCAGCAGCAGGUUCAAACUGUUUGCCGUCUCUUUCAAGAAUCUGGACGGUGUCGCUACGGAGACAACUGCAGGUACUCCCACCUGCUCCCCGACACUCUGCCUCCACCCAACGGCACGGUCGAUCCUGAUCCCCCGAAGAAAGAGGACGACUCCUCUGAGAAGGGAGACUCUUCCAAGAAAGAGGAAGACUCUCCGAUUGAUCUUUUCUUCGCAAAGUAUCCCGAAUUCGACUACGUGCGGGACAAGCCCCUGUGGGACGAGUUUGUUCGCAUGGGUCAGCACUUCAAGUGGCAGGGCCCUAAGAAAGCUCAAGUCAAGAACGACUUCCGCGACGCCUUGGUGGAAGAGUUCGACUACGUCCACGGAACUGAUGAGAGUAACCUGGAGAACUGGGGAAAGCUGUGUCAAGCAAUGGGACUGUCUGCUCCAAAGACGCUGAAGGAGGCUCACAGGGUUGUCCGGGGAGCUUACGUCAACCUCGUAGCCCUUGUUCAGAGUCCCAGAACUGGUGAAUCUGUCGAGGUGUUCAAGAGCGUGCAGGAUUUGAGACAAUUCACGGCAAAGACCAAAUGGACUUUCCCCCAGGAGCAUACCCAAGCAGGUGGCUUGCUCAACAUGCUGCUCCGCAAGAUGGGUGGCCAGUCCCAUGGACACGGAUCUCGAGGAAAGAAGAAGGCCGUGGCCAAGUAA